AGCCCACGUUCCUGCACUGUGUGUACCUUCCGUCUUAUUAAGGACAACCUUGGAUUCGCAAACGUGUGUGAACGACUGGUUUUUGCUUUAUUUUAACCACAUAAAAAUCUUGACUGUAUAAAAUAUUUAGUCAGACAAAACCCAACGUUUGUAAAACCAACCAAAGGGCCGAAGACUCAUGAAAUAACCAUAUUUCCGACCAAUACGGUCCGACAUGGUCACGCAUUGAUUUGUCUGUAACACCACUGAGAUGUCUCUACCAAAGAUCGCACGUCUCCCAUCAGCGAGGCUGCUGAGCUCCCUCCACCACCUCCAGCACCAGCACCAGCAGCUGCCCCUGCGCUCCAUCCCUCCUCUCACUGUCCCCAGGAGAGCUCUGAUCCAGAGUGAAUACAGACGGCCUGGUCAGCCCAAAGAAGACAAACUGCCAUGGCAGGGGAUCAACUUUGACCUCAGGAAGGGUCUGGAGGGGAUUAGGAAGCACUUCACUCUGCUGAAGAAGGAGUUUUUUGACCGCUUGGUCGGUCCGCAGGGUAAACCCAUCAUGGAGCACAUGUUGGAGCAGAACCGAGUGGUGUGGGAGUUUAGGGGUCCAGAGAGCCUGGAGGAGUGGACCGUGUCAUCGGAUCAGGAGAUAGGAGGCCAGAGUGAGGUUUACCUGAAGCUUGGGAAAAACAAUAAUACCUGUUUCCUGUAUGGGACUCUGAACUCCACACCUCCGAGAGAUGGAGAGACAAGAUACAGCGGCUACUGCAGCAUUCGUUCAAAACAGCCUCUGGCUUCAUUUGACAGAAAAAAGCACCAUGACUGGACCAGCUUUAACACCCUGCAUCUGCGUGUGCGUGGUGAUGGUCGUCCCUGGAUGAUCAACCUGGCUACAGAAGCGUACUUCUCACACCAGAAAGAUGAUGUUUACUGCUACUUCCUGUACACAAGGGGAGGGCCUUACUGGCAAGAUGUGAAGAUCCCCUUCUCAAAGUUUUUCCUCACACAUCGAGGGAGGUUACAAGACGACCAACACCCUGUGUGGCUGGAUAAGGUCAACACCAUUGGGUUUACUUUAGGGGACAAAGCUGACGGUCCAUUCCAGUUGGAGAUCGAUUUCAUUGGCGUUACCAAAGACUACGCUCACACUGAGGAGUUCGCCUACGAGAUGUACAAGAAGAAUCCCUAAAAGAAAGGAAGUUCUUAAGUAUUGGACCUGAACUGUUUUUAACCACAGCACACAAAAAAAUGUACCACCUCAUUUUGAUGGACUUUACUUCAUUCAUAAACCCUUGAACAGCUAA